AUAUUUCUUUCUUUGCAUGUUUUCAGGAUUUAGAGUGAUUGACCGGUUAACGUUACACAAGUGGAUCAUUGAUGUCCUCAGUAUGAUGAUGAUGUCAUGUCAUCCUGUAGUUCAGAACCCGCUAAGACGUAUACAGAUGGGUGCCCAAAAUGUGAGGCAGCUGGACAAUAUUACACGUCAGAAUACAACAAUGUCAACAUAAUUAUUCUUCACACAACGCGAACAAUCAUUUGUGCUGGAAAGAAAUCUGGGCAACUUUUAGAAAAAAAGAAGAAAACUCUUGACAGACUCGGGAAGAUAGUCUCAGCUUGGAGGAACAGCGGAGGAGGCCAAGUUCUGAUUCAUGUAGAGGGUCAACUGUCCGAGGACAGGUGUCUGGAACAGUUUGAUGAGUUCAUUACCAAGAUUCUGUCUGAUCUCCUUGAUGACGGAGAAUUAUACGUGGACGCAUACAGGCGGGAGUGGCUCUCGGCAAUUCAUGAGUUUCAAGGCAAUACUGACUUCAUUCUAGUAAACGUGAAAGAAACGAAUGGUGUAGCUACUGUGGAUUUUAACACGAAAGCAAAGAAUGACAUUGAAAACCUGCCAGUAACUUCCGCCAGUUUGGCUAAGUGCAUGAGUAAUAGGGAGACUUACAAAGAUACACAGAAACCCAAAACAAACGGUUUAUGUGAAAAUAUUCAAAAUCUCCAUGAAAGCAGAAAUACUGAGGUCAAAAGUUUCCAUGUUGACAAAUUAAAAAAUCAAAGAGCAAGGGAAGUAUCGAAAAGUCCGUCAGAUUUAGUGCACUUUAUAUGGCAUGAUCUCAAACUUAAAGAUAACCUGACCUCUAUGUCAAAGGUUGAGGGAGGAGGAUCAUACUAUGUUGGGAUAAGUGAAUAUGCUCUGGAGUUUGAAGGUUAUAGAACCAAACUUCUUAAUAUUGACGGGUUUCCCAUCAAUUUCCCGGAAUCUGAGAUCAUCAAUGCCAUUAAAUGUAAACUUCAAAGUGACACAAUAGCCUUACAAAAAGGGAAUUUCUGUAGUGUUCCUGACGAUUUGAUUGAAGUGAGGUUACAUCCAAUUCCUUGCAAAAAGGGACGUGUACUUGAGGUAGCUGUGCGUUGGUAUGAUGGUAUCAUCUUCAAUGACAAGGACGGACCGAGGGCGUAUGAAGUAAGGAACAAUACUAUACAUCGCAUGGACAAGGAAGCCUGGUUAGAGCGAUUUCAAGCCACGCAGACAUAGACGUUCACCAUGGAAGAUCAUUUAGAGCUUCCCGGAAGGACGAUCGACAGCGACUCCAGUGAUGACUCCAGUGUCCCAAGCAGGUACAGCUCAGAGGGAGAUAUUCCAUUACCGACUUUUGAUGACCUGUCUGGCCCUGAUGAUCCCGCACCAGGAUUCAAGACUUCUGGUGAUAUGUACCGGCCAAGUAUUGUCUCUGCAACGGAACAAAGAGAGAUACAAAGAAUACUGUCAGUCGAAUCAACACAAUCAUUCUUCGGCAUUUUCCCGGCCCAUAUUGAUGCCACACUCAACACAUACCAUGGCCACAUUGUACAGCGACUGAGAGACCUACCAGACAGAGACUGUACAGUCAUCAUCGCAGGAGGCAGCUUACUGAAGAUGAUAGAUCCAUCCUGGGAGGGGCGAGUACCUUCAUCUGUCCUGUGUGACGUAUGUGUGUUCUCCCCAACACAGCCUGUUAUGGUGCUGACGUUCACAGGCAAAGAUGGGAACAACAAGACGAUCACUAAAUACAACACCAACUUAGCGACGUUGAUUAUUAAACAUGUGAAGAAGGAUACGAAUCUUGAUUUCAAUCUUAUCCACGUCACAGUAGACAACCUUGUAAGUCAGGAAAAACACAGUUUCCUGACAAAGAUCAACAAACGUGAGAAUUCAACCAAAUCCAUCUAUUUUCCCACCGAACUGCAUAUGGGCAAGGACAAGUGUACAACUGUAAUGACGUCCUUCCUGAAACAUCUGUCCAAGGACACUGAGUCCGACAGGCUUUCCCCAUCUUUGGAGGAUACAGCACAUGCGCCAGCCAUACCCAAACAAGAUGCAGCGGGUGAAUUACAACAACAAAUACAUACAAGGGAGGCCGGUGAUGAGGCCAUAUAUCUACGUCACGAAAUGCAAACAACUCUACUGAAAUAUCUGUCGGCUCAGCAGGAAAAACUGGAGGAUGAAUCAUCCCCACAGUUUCUGAAUACAAGCCAAGACAAACCUUCUGAACUGCAACAUUUGGAAGCUGAUGCAAGGACAUCGAGCACAAGGGACAUUUUCCCGACGUGUUCUGUCUGUCAGCUGCAGUUUACCCUGAAGGACCCCGUCCCCUACCUACUGCCCUGUCUACACGCUGUGUGUGAGACGUGUGUGACAUCUGCUGCUGGUGGUGUGAUAUGCUCUACAUGUCAGAGGGACGUCAACCUCACAGACACAAGUCUCCAGAAGGAUUCAGUGAGACAGAAAGAAAUAUUCUACCUGACAGUCAAACAUCGCCCCACAGAGCUUCUCUGUACUCAUGAAGAUGACGGCAACCAGGCUGUGUGUUGGUGUCGAGACUGUGAAAAGUUACUCUGUGAAUACUGCCAAAAUAUGCACAACAGCCUUAAAGUUUUCAGAAACCAUGUACUUCAAAACUUCGGCGACAUGGUACCGACUGUCUCGAACAUUCCACAAUUUUGCAACAACCAUAAACACGAUUCCCUUUAUCUCUUCGAUAAAAGCUGCCAGAUGUUGAUCUGUGCGAGAUGUAGACUUAACCAUCACGCACACCAUGAUGUUGAGGAGUUGGAUGUGGUUGCUGAUGCUGUAACAAAACAGCUCCGCCGUUAUAAGAAUGUUCUAUCAACAAUACAGGAUCGCCAGCAAUUAUACAUACAGAGCGUAAAGCAAGGAAGGGAAUCCACUCACAGAACGCACAACACUUGGAAAGAAACGGUUCACCAUACUUUCCAGAUACUGAGAUUACAACUAGAUCAAAGUGAGAAGGAAUUUCUGAUCGAUCUUGAGAGUCAAACAAAGGAAGCAAAUGCAAUACAACAUGAUCUUCUCACCACUUAUGAAGAACAUCGGAAGACAUGCACAAGGGUAUUAGGCUACAUCGACAAAGUCCUUCUCUAUGGCUCAAAGUUAGGCCUCCUGGCGCUGGAGAGAGACCUGUAAGGGACAUGACUCAGACAUGCCAAGACACUGCUAUACCAGAAACACACAUUCCUCCGGCUGUCUGCAACAGCAUCGCCUUGUCAAAAC